AUGCUGUCCCGAUCACUAUUCCGAGCAACCACUUUACUUUCUCGUGGUUCGAGCUUGAGGAAGGCAUUUUCAACGAGUAACCUCGGUCCGAACCAUGACCUCCUCCAGAUGCUGUCACAAAAUUUAGAGCACGAAAACUCCAGUCCGAAUAGAAAUGCCUACAAAGUUCGAGCGUUUGCACGAGCUAUCGAGGCUAUUGGCGCGCUAGGAGGAGCCUGUGCGGAAUCGGACUGUAUUCAGCUAAAAGGCGUAGGCGUUGGAAUCAGCAACAGGAUAGACGCGUUCUUGUCGGGUAAAGAAUAUGACCCGGAAGCUACUAUCCAGCCUUCUGAAGGGAGCUCUAAGGUCACAUCGCCCAAGGCAAGAAAAACUCUUGAUACUGAGGAGAAGCGAAGGAAAAUGAUAGUUCGGUCAUUGACAUCCGUCUCUGGCAUUGGUGCAACGACAGCGAAGGCCCUCAUCGACGCAGGCUGUACAUCCGUCGCUGACCUGAAGAAAUCGAAAUACUUUGGCAUGCUAAGUCCCUCGCAGCAAAUCGGUGCGCGAUACUACGAACACUUUGAACGACCCGUCGAGAGAAGUCAAGCCGAACUACUCGCUAAAUUUAUCUCGGAGAACAUCUCUUGUAAAUUUGAUGUUCAGCUCGUGGGCAGCCACCGGCGGGGUGCUCACUCAUUCAUGGGCGCCGACAUCCUGUUGACGCACCCUUCGCAUGUUCACGUGCCUACACCUCCGUUAAAGAAUGGCUCGGUCACCCAGGGAAGUGGUGGGGCGCCUUUUCGCAUGUCAUAUACAAAGCUACGCGAAACUCAGGAAUCUCUUCUCUUGCGCGAUGUGGUUUCCCCACUUGAAAGCCGUGGCCUCAUCGCCGAGACACUGUCGGCAGGGUCUAGGAAGUGGCAGGGUGUGAUACGUCUACCUGAAAAUACUACAAACGGAACUUGGGAAGAACGUGCUCAACGAAUCGAGCGGAUCCGCGAGCAGCAGGGCCUUUAUAUUCUAUUGGACUUGUACCUUGCUCCUAUAAAGUCAAAGGGCGCGGCACUACUCGCGUUGACUGGGGACAAGGAGUUUAACACCGACAUCCAUGGACUUCUGAUCCCUCACUCCGAGCAGAUGCAGGAGGAAGGGUACUGGACGUUCGUAGAAGGCGAAAGCGAAGACGCUGUCCUGCGCGAACUUGGCAUGAGCUAUGUGGAGCCCACAAAACGCAACUUUGCGUAUCUCGCUAAUUCUGACUCGGACGCGUCGAUAAAGGGGGGUAGGCAACGGAAGAAAGUUGCGUAG